AUGUCCUCGCACACGUCAGAAGAAGACGGCAAACCGGGCGAUGCCUACGGAAAACCCCAUGGGACAGGCGACACGGUCGCCAACUUAUCAGUCCUAGGGCCAUACCCCUCGAAGUACAACUUGAUCUUCGCUCAGCUUGCAAUCAGAGAACAAAGUGACACAGACAAUGUGAAGAGAAGGGAGGAGAACAAGAAGAAGUUGGACGAGGAUGUGAAAAUGAUGGAGGACAAGAACAAGGAGGCAGCUGAGGAGGACGAGAACGACUGGGAGAACGUGAAGUAUUCGGAGGACAAGGAAGAUGAAGAGGAAACAGGCCGAUCGGGCGCAUGA